CUCAGCAUGUGGAUCCUCCCCACCGGGUCUUUACGUCUGAACCUAUGGGACAAACAAUCUGUGGACAAUGGGAUCACUGUAGGAGGGCAUAACACCACGUGCAGUGACAGGAGACAUCUGUAUGUGUCCAUGCAGGUGACAUUUGUUUGUGAAUUUCCUGCCCGGGUUUGAGGAAGCAAACCAUGCCAGGGCUUGGCAACAGCUUGUCUGUGCGACGCCUCCUCACCUUUGCUACAGGUCUGGUGGAAUGUCUGUGCUUCGCUGGAGCCGUGUUUGGAUGGGCUUCGCUUGUUUUUAUCCUGAAGACGGAUGGCUACUUCAGCUCUCAAUGCGUCAACACCACAUAUUUCAAUGCAACUCAAGUCUUAGAUUGCAGUGGACAGGAUGAACAGUUCUCUCUUGUUUUCACCAUCGCCUCCUUCAUGAACAAUUUCCUGACGUUGCCCAAUGGCUUCCUCUUUGACAUGUUUGGUACUACAGUGGCUCGCCUCUUUGGAAUAUUUCUUUACACCACGGGUACUCUGAUGGUGGCCUUCUCGACUGCAGCCUCGUCCAACCUGCUGUUCCCAGCUGUCUCCCUCCUGGCAGCAGGUGGCAUCUUAUUCCUAAUAACAAACAUGCAGGUAGGAAACCUGUUCGGCUCACGUCGCUCCACCAUCAUCACUCUCUAUAACGGGGCCUUCGACUCUUCGUCAGCACUCUUCCUUGUCAUCAAGCUGUUACACGAGGCUGGUGUCUCUCUCCGCUCCUCCUUCCUCUUCCUGUCCGCCUGCAGCGUCAUUCACCUCCUCAGGACUUUCUUCCUGCUGCCAAGAAAGCACAUUCCCUACCCGGUGCCUGAUGACUUCACAUACGGGAUAACCUGUGGUAAAUCAGAGACCCUGAGUUUAGAGCAGACAACAACAAAUGGUAACGAACAGGCGGCGACGGAGGAAAUGCCCCUCAACAAGGACGUCACUGUGAAACAAGAGAAGAGUUUCCGUGAGUGUUUGAUGUCCAGGUUCUUCGUGUUGCAGCUGCUUUGGUUGUCGAUUAUGCAGCUCAGACAUUACCUCUUCAUCGGCACCCUCAAUCCCAUGUUGCAGCGUCUGACUGCCGGAGAGCCUUCACUGGUGAGCCAGUACAUCAAUGCCUUUGCUAUAACUCAGCUGUGUGGCGUGCUGUGUGCUCCCUGGAACGGCCUCAUCAUGGACAGACACAAGGGAAAACCUCGUGCUCCAGGAGAGAGUGAACAGGAAGCAGACCUGCGGGCCUCGGUGCUUUCUCUCUUCCUGACAGCGCUGCAGUGUCUGUUGUUCUCAGUUUGUGCCUCCAUCCCGUACCUGCCUCUCCAGUAUCUAACCUUCGUCCUGCAGGUGCUCAACCGCUCCUUCCUCUACGGCGGCAACGCAGCCUUCAUCAGUUUGGCUUUCCCAUCGUGCCACUUUGGGAAGCUGUAUGGUCUGGUCAUGGCUCUGUCUGCAGUCAUUUCUAUCCUGCAGUAUCCCUGCUUUGCCCUGGUGAAUGGACCUCUGGAGGGAAACCCUUUAUAUGUGAACAUUGGUCUGACGGUGCUCAGCCUGCUCGCCUUCAUCCAUCCCCUCUCUGUCUUCCUGCACUGUCGACGUCUCGCCUCCCAGCGAGCCAGCAGUACCUCCUCCUAAAGUUUAUCAAAUGAUACUUGCACUUAAAAUGUCCUUAAUAUCACCAGUGACACUGUUUACUCUUCAGUUUGUUUGAUUUAUUAACAGUGCUCAUAUGUGUGUGUUCUGUUGCUGUUUGUAUCAUCAAGUGCUGGUAAAUACAUUUCACAUUGCAGUGUCAUAGUGUUCCCACACUCUCAGAUCAUUUUCACAGCCAAAUUGAAUUCAUCCAUAAUAAUUAAGAGCUUCUGGUGUGCAGUCUGCUGCAGUCGUAGCGUUGCAUAACAUUUGACCUAUUUUUUCUUUUCACUGAUGCAUAGAUCAACUUAUUUCACACCCUUCUAUAAUUUUACCUUUUUAAAAAUCCAGCUUUAGCAAUGGCUGACUUUGUCUGUUUUUACAAUUUAUAUGACUUUUGCUGACCACUUUACACAACUGUGACAUAAUGUUUUACUGCUUAAUGCAAGCUUAAUGCAAAUGUAACAUAUACUCGUGUAUUCUUUUAUUCUUUGUAAAACCAGCCACCUAUCACACCAUGGUUGGAUUCAGAGUGCCAAAAGAUAACAGACUUUGUGCUGAAAAUGUUAUAGAUAACGCCUAUAUACCUCUUAAGUUAUCUCUAUCUUUUUUUUAUGUUUACAGUAUAGAGUAUAGGACCAGAAAGUGUUGUAGGAAAAGGCAGAAUGUAGAAACAUUGUAAGGGAGGAUUGUCAGUCAGAAUCACAUUUAUCAGACAGUGUUGUGUGAUCAGGGAUGUGAACAGAACAAACUGACGACACAGCUCUGCCAUCUGCUGGACUCUGUUAAGCUGUUAGCCAGCCAACGUCAACCAACAGUAAAUAGAUUUUUUUAUGUUUUGGUUGUAUCCAACAUAUGAAGUCUCAGGUGCUCAAUGUGACUAUGAAGGAUUCUGUUUUUUUAUGAAAAAAGGGAAAUAUGUAAGUUUUUUUUAACAAGUAAGUUUAUGUUUUAGCUCGACUGUAUAUUUUUCAGAAGUGCCAAGACUGUAGAGGUGGCAAUGUUGAUUCAAUGUAACUUUACAUAUGCAAACUCUUAUGUAUAUUUUUUUUAUAUGGACUGAAACUCCUUUGUGGUAAAGGGAAUUAUUACUUUUAAAUGUUUACUUUUGCCAAAAUAAAAGUUUGUUUUCA